CAAUAAACACCAAAGAAAGCAAGAAGAAGAAGAAGAAGAGCUGUCAGCAGCAGGUGAAUGAAUGUGUAUGGGCUUAGUUAGCCGACUGGUAGCUUUGGCAAUGUUGUUGUCACUAUCAGGAUGAUAUCGCAGCGGGACAGAGGAGAACUGGCUCGGUUUUAUACUGUCACGGAUCCUAAGAAGCACCUGAAAGGCUACACUGUGUACAAAGUCACCGCAAGGAUAAUCUCCAGGAAGAACCCGGAGGAUGUCCAAGAGAUAACCGUAUGGAAGAGAUACAGUGAUUUCCGGAAGCUUCAUCAGAACCUCUGGCAGCUGCACAAGAAUGUCUGUAGCCAGUCGGAGCUGUUUCCUCCCUUUGCCAAGGCCAAAGUCUUUGGUCGUUUUGAUGACUCAGUAGUUGAGGAAAGAAGACAGUGCUCCGAGGAUCUGCUGCAGUUCUCUGCUAAUAUCCCUGCUCUCUAUAGCAGUCAGCACAUCCAAGAUUUCUUCAAGGGAGGUGAGGUCCACGACGGCUCGGAGCUCAUUGGACCAGCUGAGCCCUUUUCCGACUUCCUGGCAGACAGUUUAUCAGAUUGCAGCUCUGACGUUCAAAGAGACAUCAGUGGGGCAGAUGAUUUGACUAUCACAUCUGAGUAUGGAGGCCCAUCCAGUGACAGCGACCUGACCUCCCUUGCUGUGGAUACAGACUCUUUGGCUGGGCUGGAUGAUGGCAUGGCCUCAGGCCGCACCUCCCCAAACCAGCCACAGGGGGGAGCCUCCAACAUUAGCAGCAGCUGCAGCCCUCGCUUGCCCUCCCUGCACGACCGCCGAACCCCGUCUCCUGCCCCGGUCCCUGCCUCCUCAGCCCCUAACCCAGAGGUCAGCUGGCCAGGCCGAACGCCACUAUUCUCCGGCAGUCUGAAGAAAGCCAUCGGCGGCAACCCCAAGGACGUGAAGUCGGACUACCUAGACAGAGCCAGUGAGCUCAUCUGUUUGGCUGUACAGAAGGAGAAAGAGCAGGACUUCCAGGCAGCUUUCUCCUGCUAUCGCAGCGGAGUUGACCUGCUGCUGCAAGGAGUGCAAGGUGAGCCCAGUCCCACGCGGCGAGAGGCAGUGAAGAAGAAGACUGCAGAGUAUCUGAUGCGUGCAGAGCAGAUAUCCAGUCAGCAUCUGAGAAGCAACAUGGGUCAAGGGUCAACGCAGACAGUGGCUUUGGGGGCACAGUGCUGCCCGUCCACCAGCAGAGGAGGCCAGCAGAGUCCAUCCGAGGAGCUGAGAGCCUACAGGGUGUUGGGGGUCAUAGAUAAGGUUCUUUUGGUCAUGGACAAGAGAACACAAGAGACGUUCAUCCUGAAAGGCCUGAGGAAGAGCAGCGACUGCGGGCCAACCAAGAGGACAAUCAUGCCUCACUCGGUGCGCCACAUGGUGCAGCUGAGGAAGUUCGUCGUCUCUGAAGAUGCUGUUUUUCUUUUGCUGCAGUAUGCUGAAGGUGGGAAGCUGUGGUCUCACAUUGGAAAGUACCUGCGUGAUUCCAGCCCAGAUGAGAGCUUUGACAUUCCUUUCAUCCAGAAGAGCCACACAACGGCUAUACACUCUCCACAGCAUGUCAUCCCACAGCUGGAUGCAGGUUCAGCCAGUUCUGGUUCUGGGCCAGUUGCUUGUUCUGAUUCUGUCUCAGGGUUGCAGAACAAAGGGAAGAAACUCACCGCAUCUCCUAAGAAAAGCGCUCUCCCUCCGAGGCUUAUCGAGAAAACCGGGGCUCAGUCCGGAGACUCUGGAGCCACCUCCGAGGAAGAGUGCACCAACAGCUAUUUGACACUUUGCAAUGAGUACGAACAAGAUAAAGUAGAACCCGAUGCACUAGAAGAGGAGGAAGAGAAGAGCGAACAGGAAAUGCUGUCGCUGGAGGUUCCCGUUGCGACGACCAACACCACUUCCUCGCGAAGCCGCUCGCUGCUUAGCAACGACAGCCUCUCUUCACCUAUCAGCUCUCAGGAACUUGGCUUUUUCACAGAGUCGUCCGACAAAAGUGGCCACACCCUUGACAAUGAGCAAUGCCAUGGCGAGGGACAGGAUCCCGGUGAAGUGUUCAGUCCUUUGCCCUCCCCUGCCGUGCCUCUGUCUCUGGAUCAGUCCAAGCACACGCCAAUGGAGUUUUUCCGUAUCGACAGCAAAGACAGUGCGAGCGAGGUGACCUGUCUUGACUCAGGAGAGCAGCGCCCCUCCCAUAAGCAGGUCCCCCUCUUCUCUGCAUCCGACCUGGGCUCGGAUGUCACUGAGGAUCUCCCAGAGCUGGCUCAGGAGGUCAAGGGCCACAGCUCGGAGCUUUGGGGGUUGGACUGUAGCGAUAAAGGCUCUAAUGAGUCAGUGCCAGUCAUCUCAUUUAAAGAGGCAGUAGUGGAGGAUGAGGGUCACCCGCCAGACCUUUUGGUCAACCUGCCUGUAACGGGCGGGACCGUAGACUCUUUACAGGAGGAAUUAGACACUUCUGGGGUGUGUCUCGGCCUCGAGGCCACGGCCUCUCCUCAGAAGUUCAUCCAACCUGAUGUUUUACAGCUUCCCAGCCAGCCUGAGGAAGAGGAGCUUUCAUCUUUAUGUACGGCCUCUGCAACUUGCGACACCAGCGUUGCAUCUUCCUCCCCCUUCAACUCGCUGUGGGACGACUGCAGCUCGGCGUUUGAGCAAGAGGCCUCUGACAAAAUGGCGGUUCAUCCCGCUUGCCAAAAUAACGAACUUCCCCUUGACCUUCCAGUUACUGACUCGCUUAAUGAGAAACUAGAGGCCGGUACAACAGUAAACACAGACUUGGUUCCAGACCGCGGUGGCAAAAGCACAGACUCUAUCCCAGACACAAAUGGGACCGAGGCCUGCGCAGUGGUUGAGAGUUUAUUAGGUCUUGAUGGCGAAUCAUCAGGAGUUAUUAGUACUACAGGUGGCAGCGAAUUUGAUAAAGAAGUAUCGCGGCUGUUCGCAGAGCUGGACGAGCUGUCGUUGGCUGCGUCCCAAGCUCGUAUCCCGGAGGAGUUUGUCCGAUGCUGGGCCGUCGAGAUGGUGACAGCGCUGGAUUCUCUGCACCAAGAAGGCAUCGUGUGUCGAGACCUGAACCCCAACAACAUCCUGCUCGACCACCAAGGUCAUGUUCAGCUCACCUACUUUUGCAGCUGGAACGAUGUGGAGGAGUCCUGCGACAAAGAGGCCAUUGCCAACAUGUACUGUGCACCAGAGGUGGGAGGUAUCAGUGAGGAGAGCGCAGCGUGCGAUUGGUGGAGUUUGGGCGCCGUCCUGUUCGAGCUGCUGACGGGCACGUCUCUGCUGCGGUGCCAUCCAGCGGGAAUCGGUCGCCACACCGCCCUCAACAUCCCCGAGUCUGUUUCAGAGGAGGCCAGAUCUCUGCUGGAGCAGUUGCUCCAGUACAACCCAAUGGAGAGACUGGGGGCGGGUGUGGGAGGCGUGGAUGAUAUCAAAUCCCACCCCUUCUUUUCCAGAGUGGACUGGUCCAAAUAGACGCUUUGCAUUGUGGGAUUGCGGAAACCAGAGCUGCAUGCUGGGAGACAGGCUGUCCUGAAUGAAUUCCUUUCAGAAUAGAUAUACAGAUUAUGCUUUUCUGCACAUCUCCCAUUUUACGUAUGCCCAUUCAGUCCACAUCUACUUUUUUUUUUUUGUAUGGAAUUUGCCAAGAAGCAGUAUUACCUUCCUCGUAAAAUGCUCAUUUCUUUAUCUCACAGAGGGUUUACUGUGUAACCUUUUUGGUGCAGGGAACACUUAACAACACGUGUGGUGCAAUAAUUUAAGUGCAGGUACUGAGUGAUGAUCCACUACGACAUUGUUGCUUUUACACUCCUCAUACGGUAGCUGUAAGCCAAAAUGACACGAGUGAGAGGUGACUUUUUUUUUUGUGUUUUCACUGCAUUCAUUAAGUUCUGCAUGUUGCCCAUUCAAACUGACGCAGACUUAAAGUCAGUCAUGUGCAAUAUACUCACUUUGUUGCCACCUAUAACACUUUCGCCAUUCCUCACGGAGCCCGUUGAGAUUAGCUGUGACAGAUUGAGCUUUAUAUUUAAUGCAGGGGUUUUGUGUUGCUCUGAUCUAGAACAGAUUUCCUACAUUGUCAAACAAAAACUUCUGCCACCCCCUUUUACAGCCAACCAGUUGCACAUACAGUAACAGAGAUGGACACUAUACAAGGUGAACGAACAAAAUAUUUCGAGGUAGGAGAUGGUUUUGUUGUUGUGUGAAGUUUUUAGUUAUAUGAAGAUUGAAUUAUUUAAUAGAUUAUAGCUGGAAAAAGGGCCCGUUUAGCCGUCGACGUGAGCCUUCACUCUCUCCACAGACAGGCCUGUGAGGUCAAUGAGAAAGAAUAAAGAAGGAUGAGACUUGAACCACACAUUUCAAACCAGCCCCUUUUACAGAGUGUAGUUGUUUUUAAUGAAUAACAGAGGAAACUCUUUUGUACAGUACAACACUACAUUUUCUGCAUGGAAAGAAUAUGAUUUAUGUAUUUAAUACUAUGUAAAAAUCUAUCGAACAAUAAUUAAUAUGCGUCUUGUAAAUAGACCUUUUUAAAAAGGAUGUUGUUGCUGAGUGAAAGGUGCACCCAGGUCAACUUGUCAAUCACUUACUGCCUCUUCAAUCAAAUCCUUUUUAAUUUGAUUGUGUGUGUUUUAUCUGCUAACAUGCCACACAGAUCUUAAAGCUGAUUUUUAAGAUACCUAUAAUGAUUGAAUUAUAUGGUAAACAUCGCCAUGGUUACAUUACAUGCCAUAUAUCACUUUCUGUAUCUUAACACUUUUCUCUAACAGACAGAUAAUCACUCCACUGUAGAUGCUGUUGUACUCCACUGCACUGCGGUAUGAUACGUGUUAACUAACAGACGCUGUAAAUUACCAGGUCAUUAGUCCACCUAUUAACUCUGUUUAUCACACUGAGAUCACAUUUUUUGUUCAGUUUUUUAUCGAAUGCUCACUCUUGUCUAUCAAUGCACUCUGGAUAACAAUAAACAUACCUGGAUGAGAACAUG